UGGGCACUGGUGGGUGGCACUGAUGGGCACAGGUGGGUGGCACUGAUGGGCACAGGUGGGUGGCACUGGUGAGCACAGGUGGGUGGCACUGCUGGGCACAGGUGAGUGGCACUGGUGAGCACAGGUGGGUGGCACUGCUGGGCACAGGUGGAUGGCACUGCUGGGCACAGGUGGACGGCACUGGUGGGUGGCACUGCUGGGCAUCGAUCAUCAGGGCACUGAUCAUCAGUGCCCUGAUGAUCAGUGCCGUGAUCCCUGCUCUGACAAUUGCUGGUUCUCGGCAGUACUUUCCCCACGUUUUGACAGAGUGAGGAAAGUGCAGCCGAGAACCGGCAAUUGC